AGUUGCGUCCUCUGCAUAAACACGCAUUUCAUAAACAACGUUGAGACGUUCUACUGCUUGUUCUUGAAAUUAAUAAAAAAAAAUGACAGGCCUUUGAUAUACGUAUUUAAUUAUUGGCUGCUCAUAUUUUUAAGGUGAGUAAAUGGCAAAUGGUCAAAAUUGUGUGAUUUGUAGAAUAAAAUACUACUCUGUAGUGUAUGAACGAGCCUUUCUAACCUAGUUGUCAUAAGAAUCUAAAAUGUUCGUCUUAGCUGAAAUGAAAGACACAGUCAGAAUACCACCUUGGAAGUUCAAGAAAAAGUUGAAUGAUGCCAUUACGGAUGAAUUGAACAGAAAGCUUUCCAACAAAGUCUAUUUAAAUGUUGGACUGUGUAUCGCUCUAAAUGAUAUUACAAAAAUAGAGGAAUCAUAUAUUUUCCCUGGUGAUGGGGCUUCGCACACAAAGGUUAUUUUCCGAUAUAUUAUUUUUCGGCCUUUCAUGGAAGAAAUUUUAAUUGGAAAAAUCAGAAGUUGUAAUAUGGAUGGUGUACACGUUACACUAGGCUUCUUUGAAGAUAUUGUUAUACCACAGCACAAGUUACAGUAUCCGUCAAGAUUUGACCAAGCAGAGCAAGUGUGGGUUUGGGAAUAUGAUACUGGUGAUGGCGACAAACAUGAUCUGUUCAUGGAUGUUGGAGAAAUCAUUCGUUUUAGAGUGGUAAAAGAAACAUUUACAGAAUCAUUGCUAUGCAAUCCACAUGGACCUAAAGAUUCUACUGUAAAAACAGAGUCUGAAGGUGUAUCACCUUACACAUUAGAGGCUGCCAUUGAUGAGCCUGGACUUGGACUUCUCUCCUGGUGGGAGAAUACAUGAGACAAUUAAUCACAAAAUAAAACACUGUAAAUAAACAAACCAUUUUAUAUAGACAACUACAUUAAAUAAAAAAGUUUAGAUAUUAAUUGUUAUAAA